CAGGCCAGCAGCACAUGGCGCCUUCCUUCCCAGCAGUGGCUGAGGCCUGCGUGUCCCGAUGGAGAUGAGCAGGGCCUUCCCACCGGGCGAAGGAGUUAGUGCUGCCUGUGGACUAUGACCUCGUAUCGGCCUGUUCGUGAGAGCGGAGAUCUGGGGGGACCGGGCUUGAAAGGCGGCGACUACUGCUCUUUGGGUUUCUGGGCUCCCAAUGGCUGCACCAGGCACCUCGAGGGCACUGCCGCCUCGCGGCCAGCCACCACAACCCCGGCCAUGCCGAAAAUGGGCGUCCGGGCCAGAAUCGCCGACUGGCCCCCCAAGAAAGAAGGGCUGAAGGAUCCCGCCAUCCCCAGCCUGUCACGAGACCUGGAGACCCCGGCCUCUGCGCCACAGGGCUUCCAGAAUGGCCAGCUUCCCAGCGGAGCCGUUCCCUCGGGGUUCAGAGGUUUCCAGCGCCUGGCCCGGAGGAGGUCCAAGGAUGCCGAGUUCCAGGACAGCUGGCCUCGGUCCCCAGGCCGGGGGUUCCUUCCGCUGCGAAACCGGAGCAGCAGCGAGGUCACGCUCAGCGAGUGUGACCUGGACGAGGCCUUCGAGCCCCGGGGGGCCAAGCUGGCCAGCGGCCUGCCCCUCUUCCGCGAGUACGGCAGCACCUCCUCCAUCGAUGUGCAGGGCAUCUCGGAGCAGAGCUUCUACGACAUGCUGAAGGAGUUCCGCAAUGGGAACCCUCUCUCCCAGCCGCUGGAGUCUUGCCGGGCUCCCCGGAGUGGGAAGGCCGAAGCCAGGAACCCUCAAGGGCUGCCCCUGCUGGGGGAGGAAUUCUCCCUGCAGCACAAGGAGAAGUCCCGCAAGAAGGGUCCCAAGGCAGAGGCGGGCGGCGGGGACUCCAUCUUCAGGAAGCUGCGAAGUGGGCGGAGCGACCAGGAGGCCGGCAAGGCCCUCUCCGACCCCGAGGAAGGCAAGGGCCAGGAAGGGGGCCGGGCCUGGCUGUGUCAGAAGAGCUUUGCCCACUAUGACGUCCAGAGCAUGCUCUUUGACCUCAACGAGGUGGUGGCCAGGCGGGCCUACGUCGCGCAGAGGAGGAACACUGCUACGGGGGCCUCUGCCGCAUCCGCUGUCUCUGCGGCUGUCUCCCGGUCCUGUGGCCUGGGGGGCCUAGAGCUCCCCACAACCUCCUUCCUCAGCACCGAGGAGCUGAGCUACAAGGAGAACCUGGAGCACGACCCCGGAGACAACAACAGCAACAGCCUCCUGCUCAGCUGCCCUCACUUCCGCAACGAGAUUGGCAGUGAACAAGAGCGCAAUGUCAGCUUCUCUCGGGCCUCUGCCAGCUCCCUUGGGGGCGGGGAGGGCAGCCCAGUGGAGGCUUGCCCUGCCACGUACUGCACCAACGCCAGCAUCUCUGUGCUGGAAUUCCCCAAGGAGCAGCAGCAAAAUGCCAGCAGGCUGAAACACUACAGCAUUGAGCACGUGGACUUGGGUGCCCGCUACUACCAGGAUUAUUUCUGUGGUAAAGAGCAUUCCAACUACUUUGGGGUGGACGAGAAGUUGGGGCCUGUGGCCGUCAGCCUCAGGCGCGAGAAGCUGGAGGACCACCGGGAGCAUGGGCCUCAGUACCAAUAUAGGAUUAUCUUCCGCACCAGCGAGCUGACAACUCUCCGGGGGUCCGUUCUGGAGGACGCCACACCCACCACCACCAAGCAUGGGACUGUCCGUGGGCUGCCUCUCAAAGAUGCGCUGGAGUACACGGUCCCCGAGCUGAACAUCCACUGCUUGCGACUGGCCCUGAACGUACCCAAAGUGACAGAGCAGCUGCGGAAGCUGGAUGAGCAGGGGCUCUGCCGGAAGCACAAGGUGGGCAUCCUGUACUGCAAAGCCAACCAGAGCUCGGAGGAGGAGAUGUACAACAACGAGGGAGCAGGGGCGGCCUUGGAGGAGUUCCUGGAGCUGCUCGGGGAGAAGGUGUGCCUGCGGGGCUUCAGCAAGUACGCCGCCCAGCUGGACACCAAAACCGACUCCACGGGCAUCCACUCCCUCUACACCACCUACCAGGGCUACGAGAUCAUGUUCCACGUUUCAACGAUGCUCCCUUACACCCCGAACAACAGGCAGCAGUUGCUUAGGAAGAGGCACAUCGGGAACGACAUUGUCACCAUCAUCUUCCAGGAGCCGGGGGCCCAACCCUUCACCCCACAGAACAUCCGCUCCCAUUUCCAGCAUGUUUUUGUCAUUGUCCGUGCCCAGAAUCCCUGCACGGAGAACGUUUGCUACAGCGUGGCCGUGACCCGCUCCAAAGACGUCCCGCCCUUUGGGCCAGCCAUCCCAAGCAGAGCCGCGUUCCGCAAAUCGGACGUCUUCCGAGAGUUCCUGCUGGCCAAGGUGAUCAACGCUGAGAACGCCGCCCACAAGUCGGACAAGUUCCACACCAUGGCCACUCGCACCCGCCAAGAGUAUUUGAAGGACCUUGCUGAGAACUGUGUCACCAGCACCCCCCUUGACUCCACGGGGAAGUUCAACCUCAUGUCGCUGGCCUCCAAGAAGAAGGAGAAGACGAAAGCCCGGGUGGGGGCAGAGCAGUACAGUGCCGGGGCCAUCGCCUGGAGGGUCUGGGCCCAGGAUUACACCCAGGGGGCAGAAAUCGAAGGCAUCCUGGGCAUCUCCAAUGAGUUCAUCGUUCUCUUGGACCUGGCCACCAAGGAAGUGGUGUUCAACUGCUUUUGUGCGGAUGUGAUCGGUUGGUCUCUGGACUCCUUUGCCAUCAAGAUCUUCUACGGUCGUGGGGACCACAUCUUUGUCCGGGCCCUGGAGAGCAAUCCCGGUGACAUCAAGGAGAUUGUGCAGCGGCUGAAGGUGAUGACCUCUGGCUGUGAGACGGUGGAGAUGACACUGCGGAGGAAUGGGCUGGGCCAGCUGGGCUUCCACGUGAAGUUUGACGGGACAGUGGCGGAGGUGGAGGAGUACGGCUUUGCCUGGCAGGCGGGGCUGCGGCAGGGCAGCCGGCUGGUGGAGAUCUGCAAGGUAGCCGUGGUCACGCUCAGCCACGACCAGAUGAUCGACUGGCUGCGCACCUCCGUGACAGUGAAGGUGGUCAUCAUCCCUCCACACGACGACGGCACUCCUCGCAGGGGCUGGGCCGAGUCCUUCAAAGUGAGCACCAUGGAGGCCAAGAUGGAGCCGGAGAGCCUGCCGGUGGGUUACCGGCCCCCGUACCGCAGCAACGCCACUUGGCAGUGGAGCGGGUCUGCCACCCAUGGUUCCUCUCUGGCUUCCAAGUGGGGGGAGCAGCCGGCCCCCGGCCAGUCCCAGUCCCUCACAAAGCCCCCAAAGCAGAGUUCAGCAGCCCCGUACCGAGAGUCGCAGCCCGCGCAUCACGGCAAGAGGCCGGUGAGCUUCCCAGAGACCCCCAACGUGGCAUCGUCCUCGCCUGCUGGAGCAGAGAGGACACAAGCUUACCGGCAGCCCUCUGGCAGCUUUUCCGGAAUGGCCUAUGCCCGCUACAAGCAUUCCCCGGACAGAUAUGCAGCCUCCUGCCCACGGCCUCUGGCGCCCUUCGACCCGCUGCAGGGCCAGGAGGUGACCUCCAACGGAGACUCGUCCUCAGGAGGGCCGGCCAGCCAGGAGAGCACCAUGGAGAGGACCAAGCCUGAGCCGCUUUGGCACGUCCCGGUGCAGUCCCGACUCUCGGCAGCUUCUGGGAGCAGCGCGAGCAAACGGCCAAGCAGGCAGGAGCCGGCGGGCAAGGAGUCCCCCAACCGACACUCCAAAGGUGAGGGGCCGUAUUCCAGCAGCCAUUCCAGCAGCAACACCCUGUCCAGCAACGCCUCCAGCAGCCACAGCGAUGAGCGAUGGUUCGACACCCCCGACCCCGCCGAGCCCGAGCCGGACCCCCUGGCCAAGGGGGGCUCCAGCGACAGCGGCAUCGACGCCACCAGUGCCAAACCCACACGCCGGGACAAGCUGCCGACCGUCUCCCCUCCCUAUGGCGGCCCCCUGCACGAGGGCAGCAGCAGCGGCAGCAGCAAGAGGAGGGAGCCAUCGCCCGGGGUCGGCUCCAGUGGGCAGAGCUGGGGCUACCGCCCCAAAGCCCUCGGUGUGGGAGCCAGCCUGGCUGGCCGGGGGGGCAACAGCAGCAGCAGCAAUAACAGCCACUUCAAACACCCAAGCCAUAACAGCUCCCGUGCAACUUACCCUGCCCAGGUGUACAAGACGCUGGCAGCGGAGGGCCCCCGGGCCCCACACAUGUCUCAGUCCAGCUCCUUCCAGCUCUCAGCUUCUGUGCCCAAGUCCUUCUUCUCCAAGCAGAGCAGCAGGAACAAGCACCUGCCGGUGGGGUGGAAGCGGGGCGAGGAGAUCCCCACCAGGCCUGGCACCUCCACAGACCUAAAGAAGCAAGUUGACUUGAGCACCAAGAACGUCUUUGGCCAGCCGCGGCUGCGGGCAUCCCUGCGCGACCUUCGCUCCCCACGCAAAACCUACAAGUCCACCAUUGAGGACGACCUGAAGAAGCUGAUCAUCCUGGACGGCAGCCUGGCGGAGCAGGAGCCGGAGCCGUCCCCCCAGAAAACUCUCCAGCGGACGCUGUCGGAUGAGAGCCUGUGCAGCGGGCGACGCGAUGCCACCUACGCCAGUGCCUACUGCUUCGAGCAGCCCCUACCCAGUGACGUCCUCUUCACCAGCACCCACCCCUCCAGCACUCUGCCUGUGCGGAAACCGCACCCGGCCCCCACCCAGGGCAGCUUCUCGGAGAAGAAGUCCCCUAUCUCUGCCUCGGAGCUCUCGUUGAGUGACAAGCCCCUGCGGCGCAUCGACCCGGGCCUGAUGCCGCUGCCGGACACGGCCGCUGGCUUGGAGUGGUCCAGCUUGGUCAACGCCGCCAAGGCCUAUGAAGUGCAGAGAGCCGUCUCCCUCUUCUCCCUCAACGAGUCUGUGCUGAGCCCCGAGGGGCCGGGCCGGGAGCACCUGAGCCUGGAGAGGCAGCCUACACCCCGUGCCACGCCGACCAUGAGCGAGGAGCCCCCAGCGGAUCUCACAGGCAAAGUCUACCAGCUGGAGGCCAUGCUGAAGCAGCUGCACAACGACCUCCAGAAAGAGAAGCAGGAUAAGGUGGUGCUGCAGGCGGAAGUGGCCAACCUCCGGCAGAACAACCAGCGCCUCCAGGAGGAGUCGCACACGGCCAACGAGCAGCUACGCAAGUUCGCCGAGAUCUUCUCCAGUGCGGUGGAGAAGAAGGAGCUGUGAGC